AAGGGGAGGACUUAAGAGUUGGAUCGAGGAGAACUUAAAUCCCGGCCUGUUCUUGUUAGCCCCGUGGUCUUGGGACAAGCCCCCCAACCCUCUGCCUCAGUGUCCCCACUUGUAGAAUGAAUCCAGCGGCAGCUACCUCAUAGAAGGUUAUUAUGAGGCCUCGUGGGAUAGUACACGUAGAACAUUCAGGUCAUAGUGCCCAGCACAUCACACACAUAGCAAACCAUGGCAGGUGUAAUUAGCACCAUCCAAAGGGGGUAGCCGUCCUGCCUCCCCAGGGACAUGCUUCUGAGACUUGCCCCCUCAUCUAAAGAAGAUGAUGGUGGCCUUGAAGGCUUCGAGGAUUUCUUCCCUGCAGAGCCCGUGAGCCUUCCCAAGAAGAAGCCUAAGAAACUGAAAGAGAGCAAGUCCAAAGGCAAGAGGAAGAAGAAGGAGGGGAGCAACGAUGAACUGUCGGAAAAUGAGGAGGAUCUGGAAGAGAAGUCGGAGAGCGAAGGUAGCGAUUACUCCCCGACCAAGAAGAAGAAGAAGAAACUGAAGGAGAAGAAGGAGAAGAAAGCCAAGCGGAAAAAGAGGGAUGAGGACGAGGAUGACAAUGGCGAUGGGUGCUUGAAGGAGCCCAAGUCCUCGGGACAGCUCAUGGCUGAGUGGGGCCUUGAUGAUGUCGACUACCUGUUCUCAGAGGAAGACUACCAUACGCUGACCAACUACAAGGCCUUCAGCCAGUUCCUCCGGCCGCUCAUUGCCAAGAAGAACCCGAAGAUUCCCAUGUCCAAAAUGAUGACUGUCUUGGGGGCCAAGUGGCGAGAAUUCAGCGCCAACAACCCAUUUAAGGGUAGCUCAGCAGCAGCAGCUGCGGCGGCUGUGGCCGCAGCUGUGGAGACGGUGACCAUCGCUCCUCCACUGGCCAUCAGUCCCCAGCAGGUGCCCCAGCCUCUGCCCAUCCGCAAGGCCAAGACCAAAGAAGGCAAAGGGCCCGGAGUGAGGAAGAAGACCAAAGGCGCCAAAGACGCCAAGAAAAAGGGGCGGGGCAAGCGAGUGGCCGGGCUCAAGUUCCGCUUUGGAGGGAUCAGCAAGAGGAAGAAGGGGUCCUCGAGCGAAGAGGAUGAGCGUGAGGAGUCAGAUCUGGACAACGCCAGCAUCCACAGCUCUUCCGUGCGCUCCGAGUGCUCUGCAGCUCUGGGCAAGAAGAACAAGAGGAGGCGCAAGAAGAAGAGGAUUGAUGAUGGCGACGGCUAUGAGACAGACCACCAGGACUACUGUGAAGUGUGCCAGCAGGGCGGGGAGAUCAUUCUGUGCGACACUUGCCCGAGGGCCUACCACCUGGUCUGCCUGGACCCGGAGCUGGAGAAGGCUCCGGAGGGCAAGUGGAGCUGCCCGCACUGUGAGAAGGAGGGGGUCCAGUGGGAGCCGAAGGACGACGAUGAGGAAGAGGAGGAGGGCGGCUGUGAGGAGGAGGAGGAUGAUCACAUGGAGUUCUGCCGCGUGUGCAAGGAUGGUGGCGAGCUCCUGUGUUGCGAUGCCUGCCCCUCCUCCUACCAUCUGCAUUGCCUCAACCCGCCGCUGCCCGAGAUCCCGAACGGUGAAUGGCUCUGCCCGCGCUGUACAUGUCCCCCACUGAAGGGCAAAGUUCAGCGGAUCCUACACUGGCGGUGGACUGAACCCCCGGCUCCCUUUAUGGUGGGGCUGCCAGGACCAGAGGUGGAGCCAGGCAUGCCCCCGCCCAAGCCUCUGGAGGGCAUUCCUGAGAGAGAAUUCUUUGUCAAGUGGGCUGGGCUCUCUUACUGGCACUGCUCCUGGGUGAAGGAGCUACAGCUGGAGCUGUACCACACCGUGAUGUAUCGCAACUACCAAAGAAAGAACGAUAUGGACGAGCCACCACCCUUCGAUUACGGCUCUGGUGACGAGGACGGUAAGAGCGAGAAGCGGAAGAACAAGGACCCUCUCUAUGCCAAGAUGGAGGAGCGUUUCUACCGUUACGGCAUCAAGCCAGAGUGGAUGAUGGUCCACCGCAUCCUGAACCACAGCUUUGACAAGAAGGGGGACGUGCAUUACCUGAUCAAGUGGAAGGAUUUACCCUAUGACCAGUGCACCUGGGAGAUUGAUGACAUCGACAUCCCCUACUACGACAACCUGAAGCAAGCCUACUGGGGCCACAGGGAGUUGAUGCUGGGAGAGGAUGCCAGGCUUCCCAAGAGGCUGGUCAAGAAGGGCAAGAAGCUGAAGGACGAUAAACAAGAGAAGCCACCGGACACGCCCAUCGUGGAUCCCACUGUCAAGUUCGACAAGCAGCCGUGGUACAUCGACUCCACAGGAGGCACGCUGCACCCUUACCAGCUGGAGGGCCUCAACUGGUUACGUUUCUCCUGGGCCCAGGGCACCGACACCAUCCUGGCUGACGAGAUGGGUUUGGGCAAGACCGUGCAGACCAUUGUCUUUCUCUAUUCCCUGUACAAGGAGGGCCACUCCAAGGGGCCUUACCUUGUCAGCGCGCCCCUGUCCACCAUCAUCAACUGGGAACGUGAGUUUGAGAUGUGGGCACCUGACUUUUACGUGGUCACCUACACGGGGGACAAGGAGAGCCGCUCUGUGAUCCGUGAGAACGAGUUUUCCUUCGAGGACAACGCCAUUCGGGGAGGGAAGAAAGUAUUCCGCAUGAAGAAGGAAGUGCAGAUCAAAUUCCAUGUGCUGCUCACCUCCUAUGAGCUCAUCACCAUCGACCAAGCCAUCCUGGGCUCCAUCGAGUGGGCCUGCCUCGUGGUGGACGAGGCCCACCGGCUUAAGAACAACCAGUCCAAGUUCUUUAGGGUCUUGAAUAGCUACAAGAUCGACUACAAGCUGCUGCUGACAGGGACCCCCCUCCAGAACAACCUGGAAGAGCUAUUCCAUCUCCUCAACUUCCUGACUCCAGAGAGGUUCAACAAUCUGGAAGGCUUCCUGGAGGAGUUUGCUGACAUCUCCAAAGAAGACCAGAUCAAAAAACUGCACGACCUGCUGGGGCCGCACAUGCUCCGGAGGCUCAAGGCUGACGUAUUUAAGAACAUGCCGGCUAAGACAGAGCUGAUCGUCCGUGUGGAGCUGAGCCAGAUGCAGAAGAAGUACUACAAGUUCAUCCUCACACGGAACUUUGAGGCACUCAACUCCAAGGGGGGCGGCAACCAGGUGUCUCUGCUCAACAUCAUGAUGGACCUGAAGAAGUGCUGCAACCACCCGUACCUCUUCCCCGUGGCUGCCGUGGAGGCCCCUGUGCUGCCCAAUGGCUCCUACGAUGGCAGCUCCCUGGUCAAGUCUUCAGGGAAGCUCAUGCUGCUGCAGAAGAUGCUCAAGAAGCUGCGGGAUGAAGGACAUCGAGUGCUGAUCUUCUCCCAGAUGACCAAGAUGUUGGACCUCUUGGAGGACUUCCUGGAGUAUGAGGGCUACAAGUAUGAGCGAAUUGAUGGAGGCAUCACUGGGGGCCUCCGGCAAGAGGCCAUCGACAGAUUCAAUGCUCCUGGGGCCCAGCAGUUCUGCUUCCUGCUCUCGACCCGGGCCGGUGGCCUGGGCAUCAAUCUGGCCACAGCAGACACAGUCAUCAUCUACGACUCGGACUGGAACCCUCACAAUGACAUCCAGGCCUUCAGCCGCGCUCACCGCAUCGGGCAGAACAAGAAGGUGAUGAUCUACCGCUUCGUGACCCGGGCCUCUGUGGAGGAGCGCAUCACUCAGGUGGCCAAGCGCAAGAUGAUGCUCACACAUUUGGUGGUGCGGCCUGGCCUGGGCUCCAAGUCAGGCUCCAUGACCAAGCAGGAGCUGGAUGACAUCCUUAAGUUCGGCACAGAGGAGCUCUUCAAGGAUGACGUGGAGGGCAUGAUGUCCCAGGGCCAGAGGCCUGCCACACCCACCCCCGAAGUGCAGUCCUCCAAGGGCGGAUCUCUGGCUGCCAGUGCGAAGAAAAAGCAUGGCAGCACCCCACCAGGUGACAACAAGGAUGUGGAAGACAGCAGCGUGAUCCACUAUGAUGAUGCGGCUAUAUCCAAGCUGCUGGACCGGAACCAGGAUGCCACAGAUGACACGGAGCUACAAAACAUGAACGAGUACCUGAGCUCCUUCAAGGUGGCACAGUAUGUGGUCCGCGAGGAAGACGGCGUGGAGGAGGUGGAGCGGGAGGUGAUUAAGCAGGAGGAGAAUGUGGACCCUGACUACUGGGAGAAGCUGCUGCGUCACCACUAUGAGCAGCAGCAGGAGGACUUGGCCCGCAACCUGGGCAAGGGCAAGCGCAUCCGCAAGCAGGUCAACUACAACGACGCCUCCCAGGAGGACCAGGGUGCGUGUGAGUGGCAAGACGAGCUCUCGGACAACCAGUCUGAGUAUUCCAUCGGCUCCGAGGAUGAGGACGAGGACUUCGAGGAGAGACCCGAGGGGCAGAGUGGACGACGGCAAUCUAGGAGGCAGCUGAAGAGUGACAGGGACAAGCCCCUGCCGCCUCUUCUGGCUCGAGUUGGGGGCAACAUUGAGGUGCUGGGCUUCAAUGCCAGACAGAGGAAGGCUUUUCUGAAUGCCAUCAUGCGCUGGGGCAUGCCCCCCCAGGAUGCCUUCAACUCCCACUGGCUGGUGCGGGACCUUCGUGGGAAGAGUGAGAAGGAAUUUAGAGCCUAUGUGUCCCUCUUCAUGCGGCACCUGUGUGAGCCGGGGGCAGACGGUGCAGAGACCUUCGCAGAUGGUGUGCCCCGGGAGGGCCUGUCCAGACAGCACGUGCUCACGCGCAUUGGGGUCAUGUCGCUGGUUAGGAAGAAGGUUCAGGAGUUUGAACACGUCAACGGGAAGUACAGCACCCCUGACCUGGUCCCUGAGGGACCAGAGGGCAAGAAGCCGUGUGAGGUGAUCUCCUCGGAUCCCAACACACCCGUGCCUGCCAGCCCUGCACAGCUCCCUCCAGCCCCGCUGGGGCUGCCAGACAAAAUGGAAGCCCAGCUCGGCUACAUGGAUGAGAAGGAGUCGGGCGUGCAGAAGUCAAAGAAGCCCCAGGAAAUCCAGGCCCUGCCAACUGCCCUGGACAGAGUGGAGGGUGAGGACAAGCAUCCGAGCUCAGACAGCAAGGACAGAGCUCGAGAGGAGAGGAUGGAGGAGGUGGAGAAGGCCCAGGGCUCUCCGGAGCAGUCACUGAAAGAGGAAGUGCUGCCAGACAAGGCGCCGAUCCCAGACAAGCUGGAGCCGAGCCCGAGUCACAGCAGCGACUUCAGGGCAGAUGACUCCAGGGCUGAGGAGAAGGAGCCCAUGGAGACACAGCAAAAUGGUGACAGAGAGGAAGAUGAGGAGGGGAAGAAAGAAGACAAAAACGGGAAAUUCAAGUUCAUGUUCAACAUUGCAGAUGGCGGCUUCACAGAACUGCACACGCUGUGGCAGAAUGAGGAACGGGCUGCUGUGUCCUCGGGAAAAAUCUACGAAAUCUGGCACCGCCGUCAUGACUACUGGCUGCUGGCAGGCAUCGUGACACAUGGCUAUGCCCGCUGGCAGGACAUUCAGAACGACCCGCGGUACAUGAUCCUCAACGAGCCCUUUAAGUCUGAGAUCCACAAGGGCAACUACUUGGAAAUGAAGAACAAGUUUUUGGCCCGCAGGUUCAAGCUGCUGGAGCAGGCACUGGUGAUCGAGGAACAGCUCCGGAGGGCUGCGUACCUCAACAUGACCCAGGAUCCCAACCACCCGGCCAUGGCGCUCAACGCUCGCCUGGCAGAGGUGGAGUGCCUUGCUGAGAGCCACCAGCACCUGUCCAAGGAGUCCCUGGCCGGGAACAAGCCUGCCAACGCUGUCCUGCACAAGGUCCUGAACCAGCUAGAGGAACUGCUGAGCGACAUGAAGGCGGAUGUGACUCGCCUGCCCUCCAUGUUGUCACGCAUUCCCCCGGUGGCUGCCCGUCUGCAGAUGUCCGAACGCAGCAUCCUGAGUCGCCUCACCAACCGUGCUGGUGACCCCACCAUCCAGCAGACAUCUAGUCGUCCUCAUGACUUCCUCCCGUUGCAGCGAUCCUUUCCAGCUGAGCCGGCCACCUGCCCAACCCCCACGGGAGAGAAAAGCUACAGCCCUUUUAGGAGUUGGUGCCGUGUUGGGACACAAAAGGGAAACCAAGCAAUUCUGUCGCACAGAGGACGAGGCCCAGCCUGGCUGCACGAGAGCCCAGAAGUGCCACCUCAUCAUAGCUGAAGUGUUUCUUCCGCACUGCAUCCCACCCACAGCCGCGCCAGGCAAGGCCCUGGCACCUUUUCCAGAGUGACUGACUUAGAGGAAAUUCCAUUUACCUGUACUUUUUUUGCACUUUGCUACCGAAGAUGCGAACGUGUUUGUCUUGAUAAAAAGUUGGAUGACGUGUGGAAGAUUCAGACUCCCAACGCUCCUGUCUGUCACCCGGCUCCAGACCUCAAGGGAAGUUCUCUGGAGGCCUCUGGUGCUGCUCUGUGGACUCGCUCCAGCUGGGGAGGUGCAGCAUCCCGUGUUCUGGAAGCCCUUACUAUGUCCCCUGCCCGCGUCCGCACCCGUGUGACUGUCCUUCUGCGCUGGUCCCCUGCCUACCUGGGACCCUAGUGUUGGAGGGGAUCAGGUCUGGAGAGUGGCUGCCUAGCCUGGUGAUGCCCAGGUCGGGGUUUCUAUCUCCUUCCUGCCAGGGUUGGGGACCACCAGGCACAUUUCAUCUCCUGGCCGGGGUACCUAUCUCAAAGGCUCUGGAAUCUCUUGUUUCCAGAGGACAUGUGGAGGCCCCAGCAAUGUGUGGCCAGUGGAACGGGUGCCUCACAAGGUGGGACAGACCUAGACCUGGGCCAGAGCCCCUACGGGGGCUUCUGGACAUUUGCUGUUUGCAGGAGUAUGGUGUAGGCAGGUAGGAGCUGGUACCCCAGGAAAGAGGGUCCUGUUUGCUGGCUGGCUCUGGGAGACUUGUCCCACUCACCCUGGCACAGACGUCCCUGAGCCCAACAUCCUGGGCCACAGAUGUCAAGGAGCUGGACUUACCUCUGUUGUCUUGGUCCUAGAGAAGCCCUGACCAGGGCGACUGCUGCAUGAAGUAAGGGCCACAGUGGCCCUUGCUGGUUCUCAGAGGGUGUGGAGAGAGCUGUGCUUGGAGGUGGGACUGGACCUGAUGGCUUCUUUAGAUCCUUCCUAGCUGGAGCCUCCAAGGCUUCUGGCCUUAUUUCCUGCAGGGGUGCCUUGGAGUGCCAGGGCCAUCGUUGGCAUGCCGACUUGUCUUGCUCCACCCUAGUCUGUGGCACCAUGUAAGGCUCCAUGCUGGGGUGGGGGUGGGGUGGACCUGCCAGGCGCUCGGCCUGUGUCUGACCAUCUCGCUGGCCCUGGCUCACCCUGGAGACUUCCAAACCCUUGCCUUGGCGCUCCCCAGGCAGGUGUCCUGGGGUUCAGUACACCCUGAAGAUGGGGAAGGGGCUUCUGGGGAGAAGCCCAUUGAGUCUGAGGUCAGGGAGCUUGGAGGGGCGCAGACUCUCCUCGCUGGGAAAGGAGCAAGGGAUACGCAGUGUCCCUGGGCCCGCCAAGGUGGGGGCAGGUCUCCAUGGCUUGUCUUAAGGACACGUUGGCAGUUGCCCAGCCUUUACUUAGCCCAGAUGUGCACAUCUGUAACAUAGUUCCUCCUCUGAGCCCCUGGAGGGCUGGACCCCCACGGCUUCUUCCAUUGCGACACUUUCACACUUCAGUCUAUUCAAAUCUCAAGGCCAGUGGACUGGCCAGACACUGUGGGUAGGCAGAGGGCCUCUGGUCAUAGACUGAGCACACCGCAGAGCUCCAGGGUGCAGAGCUCAGGGUGUGUAUCAUGGUGGCUGACCCCCACUCUCCAAGAAGGGCUGUCCCCUGCAUGGGAGUGGCUGCCAUAAGCUUGUUCCCCAACCCAGAGCCCCUGUGCUAAUCCCACUGGGCAAGACAGUCAGCCCUGAUGGCCUCGUUUGGAACUGUGCCCCAAGUGACAGACCCUGACACUCGGGUCUGGAGGUACCAAGUGGGACAGAUCAGGGCCUGUGACUCCGGCUCUAUUUCAAGGGUUCACCCCUUCCCUGGUGAUGUCUCCCAGGAGUCUUGCUCUGUCCCCCAGCUCUGCUUCUUCCUAGGUCCUACCCACCCACCCUGGCCUUUUCCUCUCCACAGCCACCGUGACCUGAGCCCCCUACUGGCCUGGGAAGGUCUAUGUUCCCUGUGACCAGCACUGGGGUGGCUUUGGAGGGUAGUCUGCCCAGGCAGCUGGGGAGAGGGAAAAGGUCCUUCAGGGGUGCUCUUAUCUUGGUCCAUCAGCUGUCUCCUGCCAGAGAGUGGCAGGGCAGAGGUGGCAUCUUGAGGCUGCUGAUAGGAAUGGGGUCCUCAUGCCCAAGCUGUCAGAGCCGCAGUGACGUAACGUUUCCAGACACUUGGAUUCCCUUCACUCUGCUGGAUGUCUGUGGAAGGCGCGGGGCGGCUCUCAGGUGACGUAGAGAACUGGGGUCAGAGCUGCGACAUCUGAGGGCACACCCUCACGUACUCCUGCUGUGAAGUGCCUCCCCGGCUUCCUGCACCCCAGGGCCACCUGGGAGCCUCCCCUCCCCCACCCCCUGGGUGCUCCCAAAUCCAUACAGGUUGAUGGGCUCCGUGACACCUGCAACCAGUCUCCUAAGUCUUGAGAUCCUGCAGAGGGCAUGCUGAGGGUGGGCCAGAGGGCCAGACAUCUUUGUAGUCUCAUAGAGUGGGCAGUUGUUGAUGCUUGGAGCUUCUAGUGUGUGCCAAGGAAGGCGGUCGGGAGCCUAGACUGACCCUCCCUCUACCUUUCACUGUCUUGACCUGCCUACAAGGGUGGACAGCCACCCCCAAGGCGCUCCUGCGCAGAGCACAGUAUGGAGGAGGAAGCCAACCUGCCCGAUUUAUAUACCAGGAAGUUUACAGGUUGUGGUGCGUCAGCCCAAAGUCGUCGGCGUCCUUCUGUUUAUGGAUAUUUUCCCUCUUAAUUUUCAGAUUUUUUUUUUAAACAAAGUAUUUUUUUAGGUGCGAUAACCCGGAAAGGGCCUGUUGGGUGUGUGUGUAUAUGUCCUGAACUCUCCACAUAGCCACAUAGGAACCAGAGCCCAGCUCAGAGGCAGCUCCUCCACUCGGCCUGGAGAGGAGGGAGGGCCCCUGCUGCCUGCCAGGGUCAAACUAGACUCUAGAGAGCCCUCUUCCUGCCCAGGCCAGGCUGGCAUCUGUCCCGCCGCUGCCCCAUUCAGCACACCCUGGUGAAGCAGGAGUAGGCACUUGGGGCUAGCUGGAGCGUCUCAGCAGGGGUCCGAGGGGCACAUACCCCAGCUCCUCUGAAGGCUGUCCUGGGGGAGGCUGGACGGGCUAGCCAAAUGUUAUCUUCACUCGUACUCUGUGUGUAUGUUUUGGUUUCUGUGUUUUAAUAAACCCUUUGGGAAGGGAUGGAA